UAGAAUCGUGUGGAUGUAUCAGUUGAGCGCGCGCCAACGAAACGUUAUUGAGCAACAGUAAACAGUAAAUCUGUGUUUUUAUUCAAAACAAAAACAAAAACAAAAAAGUAAGCAGCAGAGAACGUGAGUUUGGUACACCGAUGUCGGUUAAAUCGCGACGCGACGCGACAAUAAUAGUCAAGAAGAGGAGCAAUCCAAAAGAUAGUUCACCUUGUGACCCUAAAUUUAUCAUAUUUCAAAUUAACUGCGAACGUGCGCGCAUGAACAGGAAUCAUAUUAAAAAUUAAUAUAUUUUGAAAACGAAAAAGAAAGACAUACGAAAUCGCUUAGCUACCUGCAUUGUUGUGAUAUAACGGUUGUUACUCGACGAAGUGGCUGUGCAGAACUCAAGUGUUUGUGCAUCUUUGCUAUUACCGCUUGAAAUAUAGAAAACCCGCAAUAGUCGUUGACAAAAUGACGAAGGUUGAACUGUACAAAUCGCGUGUGUUCGUCACCAUAAUACAUCUGUUUGCGCUCGGUCAAUUUGCGUAUGGCCUCUUCUAUAAUAAAUUUGAGAUACAGCGCAGCGCAAAGCUGGAAACGUCGCCAAGCCGGCGUUUAGUACCGGAAGGCUUUGGACAGAAAGUGAAGUUUUUCACUUAUUGGAGUUUGAUCAUUCAAACAAUAUACUAUGUUAUAUCCCUAAUAAAUGAUUUUGUGGGAACCAACGAAGUGGCGCCAAAACGUACACCCACCAUACGCAAAGUCAAGGACUACCUAAUGUCAGCUUUGGCCUUCCCAGUGGCGUUGAAUGUUGGCGUCACAUUUUGGACACUGUAUGCCAUUGACCGCGAAUUAGUCUUACCACGUGUGUUGGAUCCAGUGUUUCCAAGUUGGCUAAAUCAUGUUAUGCACACCAAUAUCGUAGUAUUUAUGGUACUGGAACUUUUCACUUCAUUCCGCGCCUAUCCGAAACGCAGUAAGGGCUUAGCCGGCCUCUCAGCAUUCAUCGUCUGCUAUCUCAUUUGGAUACAUGUUGUCAAGCAUUAUUCGGGCUUUUGGGUCUAUCCGGUACUUGAGGUGCUGCAGCUACCGCAACGCAUUAUCUUCUUUGCUGCUAUAGUCGCAUUUACAUUAUGUUUGUAUCUGUUUGGCGAAUUUAUGAAUAACAUAGUUUGGGAAAAGGAACUGAAGCUGGCGCAACGCAAAGUCAAAUAAAUAACCCUUGAACGCGAAUAUUUCUUAAAAUAUUUUAUUUGAACGCUUUGAACCGAUUUGAGCUGCCAUAUCUACACAUGAGCAGUCGUGAAACAACUGGAGUAGAGAAAAUCCAUUUAGAAAAUAUAAACAAAACAAAUUUCUUAUGAUAUUUAAAACUUAAAGCUUUGCAUGAAUAUUUCUAAAAAUGUAUUUAGUAUAUGCUGGUUUGUAUAUGACCAAAAAACAAUUCUUACCAAAAUAAAUUAUAAUGUAUGUAGUCAA